AUGGUGGACAUCUACAGCAGAGGACGAAAAAAGAAGACACCAGUGAUUGUGGCAGCAGAGCAAGGAAGUAGAGUAAUGGUUCAUUUACUUGUGAGUGAAGGAGCCGAUGUGUCACUUGUGGACAGAGCCAGUCACAACAUCCUCCACUUGGCCUGUCAGACAGGGAAUGUGGAGGUGGUGAAAUAUGUCCUGUCACAGGACCUGGUGGACAUCAACAGUAGAGGGUGGUACAGCAAGACACCUGUGAUGCUGGCAGCAUGGGAAGGACAUAGAGAUGUAGUGGAGCUCCUUGUAAAUAAUGGAGCUGACGUGUCACUGGUGGAUAAAGGCGGCAACAAUAUUCUUCACUACGCCUGUGACGAAGCAUAUCUGGAGGUUGUGAAAUAUGUCUUGUCACAGAACGGGGUGGACAUCAAUGCCAGGACAGACAGCAACCAAGGUGUUGAAAAUGCAGACUCGAAAAGACGUGCAUGGUCUUCUUUUGCCACGUGGUGGUAG